AUGCGUCCUACUAAUGUUCUGGACACCGCCGUGCUUCUUGCUGCUUUCAGCUGGCCGGCCAUCGUCACCCAGACAGCGGCGCAAUCCUUCAACUUUGAUCUGGGUAAUCUUGACCGAUAUCAGAGUAACGAUAAAAACAUCCCUUCUUUGGAGGGCGACAGCCUUUGGAUGACGGGGGCUGAGGGUAAUGGAUUUCGUCUGGUCCUCUCUACUGGCCUCCAGAAUAAGGUCCAAAAAAGUCUUGACGAGUGCGGAGAUGUCAAAGAUGAAUGCUUCCAAAGGGUUCACCAAACUUUGAGCUCUUCUACCACCCAUAUUGACAAUGCUCUGGAGAAACGUUACUUUGGCCAUCUGCUAUCUAAAACGUUCAAAAAGGUCGGAGUGAUGAUUACGGUGUUUUCGAGUAUCCUGUUGUGGUCAUGGGAGCAGAAGCAUACAGCUCCGUCUCCUGUCUGGCUCAUUCCCCAAGACGAAGCCGGCUCGGCCUCUAACAUUGCCGGCUCUGGGACUGUUGUUAUGUCUGGGGGCGGGGCGCCUAUUAUGACAAUAACACCGCCUCCAGAUGUAGCCAGUGCUACCGGGUCCGUGACCCCAGCAGUCACCUUUGUUGCCACCGCAACUGCAGACCUCAAGGAAGGAGAUCGCAUCGUCACUUUUGAUGGUGAUUUCGCAAAGAAAUUUCAGGACCUUCUUCACAUAUUCUCUGGUGAUGGGGGCUGCAAGGAAGGUCGAGAUUUCAAUGCUGGUCAGAGCCCUGACCGACAAACAAAUGCCCGAUCUGGAGGCUGGGAUGUUGCUAUAUGCGCAGGUCUUGGAGUCAUGCCACAAGUUCUCGACAACGGGCCAUUGGGCGACCUCCGAGCAAUGGCACCACCCCAGCCUCCCAUCCAGUUUGACCUCACUCAGGCUGCAGGUCGUGCUGCUCAAAUCGUCAUCGAGGCAGCGAGAGACUAUGCCCCUCUGUUGAACAUCCCAGCCGAGCUCAUUGACCAAUAUGGUGUCAUAAUAUUUGCCAUGGCUAUAAAUGCUCUCGUGGAGAACAUUGAUAUCGGACCUUCAAACACGAUUCGUGCUGCAUCGCUUGUGAGCAAGACCCAAGGGCCAACCGCGACACCCACUCCAACCUGCACAAGGGCCAAGUCAUGCACAGCUUUCUGUGGCGAGGUAGGGGCAAUUGAACAAUGCGUCACUGAAUGUUCAACAGCCACUUCGGGAUGCGUAACCUCUACUACAGGAAAUAUAGCAAUUAUCACUGAGACAACCAGCACGUUCGCGUGGCCGACAGUCCCAGGGGAGUCUCAACCUACAGCCACUGGGGAGGCUGUCGCGAAGUGCGACGACAGCAGAGAUUCAGGCCUCCAAUGGGACAUUUUCUAUGGCAGUAAGCACAACAUCGUCGAGAAGUUUUGCCAAGCGGUAUCCAAAGAACAAGGUGCUGCGCGGACCUGGGUUGUAGACACCAAGGGGAACGAGAUCCCCUCGAAAUUGAGGAAACGCGCCCCCCCAGUGACUCCAGAAACGUACAAGGACUACAAGAUUGGGCUUGAGUGGAAACCAAGCGGUGAUUUUGAGCAGAGUUCGUGCCCAAGAAGCUGUACAGAGGCAUACAAAGCCAUUGCCAGUGGACAAUGUGGCCACAAUGGUCGUCAAGGCCUCACAUUCGCCAGGUCCGGAUCUUGGAAUAUAGGUUGUGGAACUUACUCUUGGACUAUUACGCCACCAGCAAGACUUGAAACGGGAGAGAUAACUUGCAACGAUGAAAAACAAUUCGGCGGCCACAAGGAUGUCCAUGAAAAUGAUGUGCUGUGGGCAGCUAUUGGACUAUGUGGCAGUGAGCUCAACACUGAGCUUCGCCCAGGUGGGCAAUACCCUUCCGACAAGAAAGCCGACAACAUUGAUGGUGUCUGGAGGCGGUCCGAUAUGCAUGCUUGGGUCAAAUGGAAAGAGGGCUGCGUUACGACGCACAAGUAUAUGGGAAAACCCAUGCAUAACGGCACUCUUCAACAAUUACAAGAAAUGUAA